AUGGGUCAGGAAUCGUUCAUAUACAGCUUCGUGGCACGGGGCACAGUGAUACUUGCGGAGUACACAGAGUUCACUGGGAACUUUCCGGCCAUCGCGACUCAGUGCCUCCAGAGACUUCCCUCAUCGAACAACAAGUUCACCUAUAACUGUGAUCACCACACUUUUAACUUCUUAGUCGAGGAUGGUUAUGCUUAUUGUGUUGUUGCCAAAGAUUCUGUUGGAAAGCAGAUUUCUAUUGCAUUUUUGGAACGUAUGAAAGCAGAUUUCAAGAAAAGAUAUGGUGGCGGUAAAGCAGAUACAGCUGUUGCCAAAAGUCUCAAUAAGGAGUUUGGGUAUGUUGAGCCAAGAAAAGGUUGA